CCGACCGGGGCUUUAUUAUAGCUCUCCGAUUUCGCUGAACGUUAGUAUUGAAUGGACAGGUAACCGGUGUGCUCGUGAUAUUGGUAAAGUCUCCGAUCGGUGCGUGUUGUUGAUCAUACUGAUGUGACCAGUUUUUGGUACAGUGAGAAAAAAAAGCGACAAACAAGAAAGCAAAGGUGAAAAAACAUCCCUAGCCCUAGCAGAAGUUUCUGUGUGCCUUGUGGUGCUCUAAUAAUAAUACAGUGUGCAACGGUGUGCGUGAGCGAAUACGACCGAUCGAUUCCGACGGUGUCAAGGAAAGGUGAUCUUCGGACCCCAGUAAGCGUAAUCAAAUUGUGAAUUGAAUGCCCUUGGUUUCUUUGCCUUGGUUUGAUCGGAUUGUGAGAACAGAGAGAGACACAGAAAAAAUCAAUUGUGAGGAUCGGAGGAUUCUGGUGGAUAUUAUUACACACUAAUAAUUGGGUGGAUCUUUUGAAACCUCAAGGCUGCUGAUUGGAGUUCGUUCCCGAGUAUAAGUGAUCCGCAGCGCACUCUCGCAGCAGAACUGGCUCAGCAACACCCGGGCUGGAAGCAACCCAGCGGUAGUAUCGACUAGCAGCGAUUGCUGAUAAGACGUGUUGUAGUUUGCAAGUGUUCGAAGCCGCGCGCGUCACGCUCCCGAGCGCAGCAAAAAGGAAAUAAAGAAAAAUGUCCCACAAGACCAGUUCGGCCUCUAAUGGCAGCGGCGGCAGCGGCACCAAAUACGAAGCCCGUCUCUGUCAUGUCAUUAAACGACCCGACUUCGACGGGUAUGGAUUCAAUCUGCAUGCGGAGAAGGGCCGUCCCGGGCAGUACAUCGGCAAGGUGGACGAUGGGUCUCCGGCGGAGGCUGCGGGUCUGCGUCAAGGUGACCGCAUCAUCGAGGUCAACGGAACGAACAUCACCAACGAGACACACAAGAAGGUGGUAGAAUUGAUUAAGGGAAUUCCAAAUGAGACUAGACUGUUGGUGAUCGAUCCACGGGCGGAUGCGAACGAGCUGAAGGCUGCGGCCGCGGCUGCCAGAAGCAAAAACGGCGGAGUGGAUGUGAAUGAUAACAGCAAACAAAUGGAGAAAAUGGCUAACCGAAAAGAUAGCUUGAACGAAAAACCGACCGCGGAUUCCAAUCAGAAUAAACAUGACGUCAACGGCAGCAGCGGUGCCAAUGAAGAUGCCAAUAACAAGAAAAACGCCAGCGCAAAUAACAACGUCGACACGAGUGCUAAUAAAAUGAUGAUGACAAACGGCGAUACUAAGAAACAGUCGGUGGAAAAGAUUAUCGAGGACACAAAAGCCUUGUCGAUGGCGACGACGAAGGCAGCAGCAGCAGCGGAAACGAACGGCAAAUCGAUGGCGAGCACCAACGGAAGUAAUGGAAGCAGCGACGGAAGUGCCGUCGCCAAUUCCACCGUCACCAAGGAUGGCCCCAAGCUGAACCUCAAUAUGACCGCCGCCGAGCUACGUGCCCAGCUGGCAGCCAGGAAGAAGUACGACCCAAAGAACGACGUGUGUGACUUGCGCAAAAAGUACGAAAUUAUUCAGAAAAUGUGAUAUGUUGCUUACUUUGGUAUGAUGAGCGCGUGCUCACAACCCUCACAGACAGACUCAAAGGAUACGACUUCACCUUGUUUGAUUAGUGACUUAAUAAUUAGACUUCCUUCCUUACUUCCCCCAGCGAACGAAGGAGGAGGAUUCAGUAUUCAAAUAAUCACCUCCGCUAUACUGAAACGCGCGUGUAGAAACGUGCUGUGAUAGAAACAGCACCAGCAAACAGUUGUACAGAAAAAUUAGAAAAUAAAAAUCUGCACACCAAUUCUUUUAAGCAUUCCUGCUUUCACGGAAGCUGUGAUCAAGCAGCAGGACGGCUGUUAGAGCCGGCCGACCGACGCCACGGUAAAACAGAAACAAAGAGCAUUCUAUUUUUUUAAUCGCCUCUAACUUUCACCAUCGCCAUUCAAGAUAAAGUAAGAGAUUAGGGAAAUUGCCGUCAAAAUAAAGCAAAAGUCAUGCUGUCAUGCAUAUUCGUAUAUCCUAUCAUAUCUCGAAAAUUAUAUCUACAUAACACUACGUGACGGGUGUGGAUUCCGACGAGUCGAGUGGAUCGAAACAACAAAGUUCUUUAAGCUCCUUCAGUUAAAAUAAAAGCAUUCCAGAGCCGCGCAUCGCAACGCAACGCAACCACCCUACCUACCUACCAACCAACUGAUAAGAAGCAAUGCGGCUAAGAUAAAAGGUGGAAAAAGUUAGAAAAAAAAAACUUAAGUGCGGGUGAAACAAAGUGCCUUCUACCUACGUACGUGCAACACAAGGGUGAAAACACGGUUUUCGGUGUCGUAAAAUACGCCGGCAGCAAAUUAAUUGGGUCGUCGUGAUCAGAACGGCGGGCCGGCGGCGCUUUAAAACAAGGAAGAUUUCCCUUAUUGGGCGCAAACUUUUGCGCCGCCCGGUUUGUUUGUGGUGUGGCGUAGAAUUGCUUGCAGCACAUGCACACAUGAUGAUGCUUUUUAACGCUCGACAUCAUCGACUUAUUGCGCACCACCCGGCGUUCGCACCCGCGCGAUGGCUUUUUCCAAUUAGGGAAGUGUUGAUAAUUAUUAUUGUGUGUUUGUCCCCCCUUCGGCGAGAAACAAUAUAACAAAACUGUGCAAAACAAUUUGCACCGAAUAAACGGAAUGCAAAUGACAGUGAGAUGUGAAGCGAAACCAUGCGGAAGAGAGGAGACUACAAUGUGCCAAAAUUUUUGCGAAAACUCUUAUCACAUUCGAGGGAGGUUUGUUGUUUUAAAUGGAGAGAAAAUUAAGAAGAGAAAAAAAUGAAAGGGUGAAAUUAUACUGAAAGUUACGUAAAAUUAAUGAAACACUGAUAUGUAUUACACAUGAUUAAUAAAAUAUUAUAUUUAUAGUGUAC